AUGGAGGAAGAGCGGCGACUGUUGGAAGAGGCAGAGAGGCAGAAGAAGGAGGCAGCUUCCAGGAAGCAGGGCUCUGACAUGGGCAGCAAGUCCUCUAGUAAUAGUCCUUCCCCUCCCUCUGCUGGUCCUAGGACCCCGCAGGAAGGGUCAGAAGGUCAAGAUGGGGCCAGGCAGGCUGACACCAGUAUGGAGAAAAAUAAGGCUGAUCAAGACAUGAUCCACGAAUUAGAAAAUGACGCCAGACUUGUGGAACAGUCCCAAGCCAAAGUUGAAGCUGAUGAAGAUGUAUUCUACAAAGAUGGAAAUAGUCUGAGAACUGUGGAUUCACAGAACGAUAUGUCAAUAAGCUCUUGGGAUGAGGAAGAUAUGAGCCACAAAUUCAGAAAAGAAGACAGGCCUGUGGAACAGUGCCAAGCAAAAGUUGAAGCUGAAGAGAAAGUGAGACAAGAAGCGAGGCAGGAAGCUGACAGACUGAAGGAUGAGAAACAGAGAGAGAGGUACACCUGA